UUCCCAAACACAUACACUACAUACCUCCCACAAACAUCAUCAUUAUUUUUAUUAUUGAAGUGUUAUAAUGGAGUCUGCACACCUCCAUAACCACCACCAUCACCACCACCAACACCACCAGCAGUUCCAAGACCCGCCCCCGCCGCCAUCCUCUUCUUCCCCUUCCUCUAGCUAUGGAGGAGUUUCUACAAGCUCUACUGCUCAUUCAUGGACCCCAAACACUACCUUAUUAAGCGGUGGCGGUGGUGGGUUGAGUUCAUUGGUGGCCGCCGGUAGUGUUCUCAGUUCAAGAAAUCAUCAUCAACCCAUGGCUCAAGAUUUGAGCUUUCAUCACUGGGCUAAUGCGGCGGCGGCGGCGGGUUUCGCCGGCGGUGGUGGUGUCUCCGGCCAGGGAAUUAAGCAAGAACUGUCGUCGGCGACGGAUUGUUACCCGCCGAGGUUGGCGGCGGCGGAUAUGCAGAAUACCCUCGACGCCAAACUCUUGCUCGGAACCCUCUCCGGCGGCGGGCACCAACCUGCGGCGGCGGCGGCGGCGGGUCAGCAGUUUUACGGCUCCUCCGCCGCUUCUUCUAAUGCUAGUAGUAAUAGAGGGAGGUUUAGUCAGAUAUACCCAACCAUAAGCGUUCCCAGCUUGAAUAUUGAAGAAGCUUCUUCUUUAGCCAAUUCCAGCUCUCUGGGAAUGAACUUACAGGCUUUGGAUCUAUUCAACUCUGCAAGAAUUAAUGGCGCCUUUGUUGCCCACACUUCACCUGACCAUCAACACCUUGGUUUUCAUAACUAUGCUUUUGAUCAUCAUCAUCAUUUGCAGCAAUCAGCUCAAAGAACAUUUCCCAGUAAUGUAUCAUCACCCUUGUUCAGCCAUGCCACUGUAGCCAUAUCUGCAGAUCCCAAAAGGCCCUGUAAUCUUGUGGAGCCAAACCCCCCUCAAGCACCACCCAAGAAAUCACGACUGGAUUCGCGUGCUUCCUGCCCACCCUUUAAGGUGAGAAAAGAGAAGUUAGGUGACAGAAUUGCAGCUCUUCAACAGCUCGUAGCACCUUUUGGCAAGACAGACACAGCAUCCGUACUAAUGGAGGCUAUUGGGUACAUCAAAUUCCUCCAAAACCAAGUUGAGACCCUAAGCGUCCCAUAUAUGAAAUUGUCGCGCAAUAAGAGUAGCGGGAGAGCCAUGCAAGGGGUAAUAAAACAUGUAAUGUCAUAUAAUUAUAUAUAUGUUCGUUUGCAGGGACAAGAAGAGAAUAUAGGAAGUGAAGAAGCGAGGAGGGAUCUUAGGAGCCGAGGGCUUUGCCUGGUUCCAUUGUCAUGCCUGUCUUACGUCACCGACAGUGGUGGCGGUGUCUGGCCGCCGCCGAGCUUAGAACACUUUAGUCCAAUCCAAUGAAUUGAAGGUGCGGGUCAGGUAGAGUCCCAAAUCUAUGGUAGCUCAUCUGAUCUUAGAGGUGGUCAGUCCCAAAUCUAUGGUAGCUCAUCUGAUCUUAGAGGUGGUCGUACUGAUUGGUUAAUUAGAAGCAAAUUAAAAGUAGCGGUUUUAAGGAUUAGGUUUUGUACUUUUUGAUUUUGCCAUUCUUAAUGGAGCAAGCUUGGUCAUUCUGUAAAAAGAGCAAGCUAGCUAAGCUAAUGCAUAAUAUAAUUAAUUAUGGUAGGAUGGACCAAGCUUGAUCCAUUAAUACUAUUGGCUUGAUUUAUUUAUUGUACGUUUUCCAAAAACUAAUGUAAACUUCCAGCAGGUUGUUUCCUCUUUCUUUCAUUCCCAUCAUUAAUUAAUGUACGCAGUACGUACGUAAACUCCGACGUUUAAUCUUCAUAAGAGCAAUGUGAUGAUUCAUUUUGUUUUUU